AUGUCCAACAAUCAUUUACAACCUCCUAAUAAUUCCCAUGAAGAUUCUUCACAAAUAACAACUAUAUCUGAUAUUUCUUGUCUGAAGAUCCUGACUCUUGCAGAUCUUGAACCAUUUUGUAUAGGAACAGGAACAACACCACGAGUUCAUUUACAAUGUCGUUAUUAUCGAUUCCCUAAUGAAGAUAGUUUUGAAACUUGGUUAGAUGAUCGGAAACAAGUAGUUCAUUGGAUUUGUCGACAAAAGAAACCUCAUAAAAAUUCAGCCUUUUUAGAAUAUAGAGAAUAUGAAUGUAAUUUUGCUGGCAGGUAUACUCAAACUAGUGCUAAUCAUAUUAAUACCACCAAUGAUUUACAACAACAAAAUGGGGAUGGUACAAAUGAGACAACACCAGCACCUAUAAAAAAGAGGAAAAGAAAACCAACGAUUAAAAUCAAUUGUCCGGCUAAAAUCCAAAUGAAAAUAACCCCAAAAGAUCCUGAUGGAAUUUACGUUACUUGGAUUUAUAAACAUAAUCAUGACGUUGGUACUGAAGAAUAUUUUAAUCUGAGUAGAGAAAAGAAAAAUGCAAAAAGAAAGAGUAAAAAAAGAAAGAGGUAA